CUGUUUCGUAGAUUUGUUUUCAACACACAGUGCAGUGAAUCACCGCAGUUGGUGUAAAAGAUACAAGAAAUUAUUAACAGUUUUAUUAGUUUUAUCAUUAUUUUCUACAAGAAUUUAAUUAACAAUCACUAAAAGUAGUAAACCAGUUUCGCACCGCGCCUUCAAAAUGCGCCGCCGUGCCGGGGUCGGAGCCAUCCAGAAGCAGAAGCUCGAAGCGGAAAAGUACCGCGACAAGGGCACCGAACUGCAGGACUCCCAGCUGGAGCAGAUGGUCAAACAGAUGGACGUCCUCAAAGAGAACCUGGAGGAAUUUGCCGCCAAACAUAAGGCGGAAAUCAAGAAAAACGCCCAGUUCCGGCGACAGUUCCAGGAGAUGUGCGCCGCCAUCGGGGUGGAUCCGCUGGCCUCGGGGAAGGGCUUCUGGAGCGUGCUAGGGAUGGGCGACUUCUACUACGAGCUGGCGGUGCAGGUGGUGGAAGUUUGCCUGGCGGCCAAUCACAGCACAGGAGGCCUAAUGGAACUGAAUGAACUGCGGAAUCGGUUGGUGGCCGCUCGGGGUCGGAAACAAAUCCACCAGGAAAUCGUAAACGAAGACAUAAUAAUGGCCGCCAGGAAGCUAAAGAUAUUCGGCAAUGGAUUUACGGUUUUCCCGGUCGGGGAUGGACGAUACAUGGUUCAGUCGGUUCCUGGAGAGUUGAGCCUGCAGGAGACAUCGGUCCUGAGUGCGGCAGCCAAUCAGGGUCAGGGCUAUGUCACGAUCUCGAUGUUGAUGGACAAUUUGGGUUGGACUGAAUUUCGGGCCCGGCAGGCAAUAGAUAAGAUUCUCUCGGAUGGCCUGGCCUGGGUGGAUAAUCAAGGCGAAGAGGUAUCCUAUUGGUUUCCCAGUUUAUUUCCCGGACGGUUGGGUUCGAAAACCGCAUGAGUUCUAUAAUAUUCGAAUAUAAUAAUAAAUGUUAUGUCCUCAGAUGACACGGGACUACGUGUUACUUGUGA